AUGGCGCCGCCACCUCCCUUUUCUCCUCUGCUCCCAAGCAGCGCCGCCGCCGUAUUAGCCUCGCCCUCGGCGCCUCGACGUCGCGCGCCGAGCCACGCCGCACCGGAGCCGUGGCCACACCACCACCCCACCUCGUCGCCGCGGUGCCACGUCCCUGGUUUGUCAAGUCGGAGCCUCGCUCCUCUCAGAACAUCACCGACGACCAAGACGCCGAGCAGCAGCAACGUCGGCCGCGACCCCGACGAAGCUCCCCUCGACGUCGCGCACGGACCACGCCGUGGCCACGCCGAGCCCCGUCCCCGAGCACCACUGAGCAAGGAGCCGUCCAUGCUGGCCAUGGAGACCGCGACCCCGACCCCGAUGUUGGUCUGCGCCACCACGACGACGCCGUGCUCGUGCCCCGUCGCCCCCGCGUCGACCUCGUCCCCGGAGCGCGUCCUCGUCAACAACGCCAGCACCGAGCCAACCACGACGCCUCCGUCUCCACCCCGUGAGCACCAGGACGCCGUCCCCGCCAGGACGUCGCGAUGGUCACCGCAUCAGCACCGGCCAUGGUAA